AUGGAGCCGCAGCUCGCCUCAGUCACGUCCUCGCUGCUUGUACCACCGGCCGGCUGCAUGCGCACCGUCUCGAGCCCGGCCUGCCAGGACCGAGGCUCGAGUCCCGCGCUGCCGGACUCGAGCCAGUCCUAUCCCUUCGCCGGACCACGUCUGUCCCGCCCUUGGGCCUAUCCUCUUCAGUCGGCGCAACCGGCCGUCGCGGGGCCGACGGUCUUUCGGGCUCGGUCGGACGGCGAACUGUUGGCCGAGGUGUCUGCCGGCGUGUCGAGCGACAGGGACUCGGAGGCCGGACCGCCUGGAGACAGUCCCCGCCGGCCCGGCAGCAGAAGCGACUCGGCCGAGGCUCUCGACGACGAGGAGACCGGCCCCGGGAGACCGAAGAGUCUGGAGGCCGGCGAGAGUGACGAGGACAGCCGCGAGGCCCGUGGGGCGGUCUACGAGAACGGAUCUGCCUGCCGGUUGGUGCACUCUGGACGAGAGGAUUUGGCGAUUGACGGUGUUGGCGAAAUUCGCGCCGAGAUGCUGUUCAACGGUCUGCCGACAGUCCUCGAAGAAUUCGUCUUCUGGUAG